UUAUGGGGAAGGAAUUGAUUGAAAAUCGAUUAUUGGAACAUCUUUUAAUCGGUCAGCAUCUAAGCGUUUUUUUAAUAAUAAGAUUAAUUUAUUGAGUUUCCAUUCCCUUUCAAUAUUGUUUUAAGAUAAUUUAGGUUUCUUAUCAGCGUUAUUUUCCUUUUGAAUUGAUCUCGAUCCAUAAUAGAAAUUAAUCCAACCUCAUGAAAUCGACUCUGAAAGUGACAACAGACAAUAAAUUAUAACAAACAUUUGAUUUCUUUACCAUGGAUCUUGGCCAGGAAUCAACACCGUUUCUUUCAUCAAUCAAACAGGAAAAAUUGUCACCAAAUCGACGAGUGUCACUUAUUAAUUCUGUUUUUGUUCCGACUUCAAAUGUUUCUACAAAUUCACCAUCAACAUCAGAUAAUCAAUUAUCUUCUAUUUCUAAAGCCCAGCCUGGUAUUGGCCUCUCUUCGUCAUCACUGUCUACACCCGUUUCUCCAAUGGCGCUCGAUAGCGCAAAACCAACUGAUUCUCAAUCAUCUUCAACGUUAAUUGUCGAUCCUGGUUUACAGUUACAGUGUGACAAGUGUGAACACUUGCUCGAAUCAAAUAAGAGUCUCCUCAACAAGUUAAGUGAAUUGGAAAGUAAACAUGACGAGGAGAUAAAAGAAAUACAUACAAGAUACAAGACAGAAAAAGAAUUUGACCAAAAUCUAUUGGAACAUCGAGCUAAUCUGGAAACUGUUACAAAAGAAGAGGAAUUAAGAUUGAAACUUGUAAAGUCCAAUGAAGAGAAUAUCUCAUUGAAACAAGAGAAUAUAAAACUUCUCAAAACUACACAAUACAAGUCAAAAUACAAAUCGACAAGUACAAUGAGCUAAAGGAAUUAUACGACAAAAAGAUGGAAACAUGUUCACCAAUCGCCGAUUUGGAAACCCUGAAGAUCGUUCACAACAAGGAGAUGAAAGAAUUGGAAGAAAAAUUAAAAAAAGAAUAUGAAAAAAAGCUAAUGGACCAACGAGUUGAUUUGGAGAAAAAGGCAAAAUCUGAAUUGGACCAACCAAGAAAAGAAUUGACCAUAGACACCGAAGCACAACCAAAUUCAAUCAUCAGAGGUGACGAGGUGAUGAUUAUCAAUGAAAUUUUCGCAUCGCAAUUAAACAAAAAGAAAACAAACAGUCUUUUUGGUCCGUAUCGUGAACUCUCUCAGAAGAAACAAAAAUUAUCGAUUCCAUCUAUUCAAUCUUACGCUUCUACCGAUGGGCCAAGAGGAAGUUUACCAUCAAUUGGAAGAGAAUUGGUUGUAUCAAAUGAUAAACUUGGUUACACCGAAAUACCCGAUGACCAUUCUGCAGUUAGAAUCUGUUCAAUAUGUCGAUGGGUGGAAAAAAUCUGCUAUUCCAAUUAUGCAAAGCAUUUCCUUGACAAUCAUAGUUCAGUUUUCUCAGGGAAAAUGUCCUCCCUAUUCAAAGAGCUCAUUAUGGAUGAUGAAAUUUACUUUUCUUUGAAACAUAAAUACCGGAGAAAUCAAAUUUCUGAUGAGCUGAUCAACCUUAACUGCUACAGAAUAUCAAAAGGCUCCCUGAUUGUUAGACUCUGUUCAAUCUGCAAACAUGUAGAACUUGCUAGAAUAACAUCAUAUUCAGUACAUUUAAAAGAACACCAAGAUGAAUUAGAGAUAACAGGAACUGUAGAUUCAAUUUAUAAAAUAGUAGUGAUGAAGAAGAGUAAAUAUCGACAGCUGAAAUCCAAAAGAAAACGGAAAUAUUGAUUCCAAGGAGAAAUUACUGCCCAUUUCGUGAACCGCAUUCUCGAUAUAACGAUGGUUUUUUCGUGACAUUUACAAAGCAGUUCUGUCCAAGUUUCCAAUUGAUGUGCCAACCAGUUCAGACUGCACUAUUGCAGAUAUAAUUUAAAUAGCACUGAUCUCCAUCUUCUUUGACAAUCAUUUUGAUCCAAUUGAUCCUAAUGACGGGAAAAAGUUACAACCAAUUCUCAUCGAUCUGUUUGAGCCAAUAAAUCAACCUGAAUCACUUUAAUGGGUAUAUUGGGGAUCUCCUUGGACAGAGCUAAGGCAAAAUAAAGUUAAUUUACUAACUUAAAGUUUGACAUUUUGUUUUAUCAACUAAAUAAACUAAUUAAAAAAUUAACUAAAAGAUAACAACAUUCAAUUGAAAAACGAUUGUCAAUUUACUAUAUUUCGAUAUUUGUCUAUUUCUUAGUCUAAUAUUUUUCUUUCGACAAAACAUCGAUUAUGGCGAAGAAUCGAUUGAGAACCGAUUAUUGGGAUAUCUUAAUAUCGGUCGGCAUUUAAGAGUUUUUUUGAUUAGAUUAAUCAAUUGAAUUUUUUUCUCUGUGACAAAUAAAUUUAGUUGUUCUCAUAAGCGUUAUUUGGUUUUUCUAUUCAUCUUGUUUCAUAUUGAAAGCUAAUAACUUAGAAAUCAUUUCAAUCUCAUCAAAUCGACUCUUGAAUAGUAAAUUAGCUAAAAUAAUUUUAACCUUUCAAUAAAUCAAUUCAUUCUUUUGUUUUUUUAUUUCAAGUGACAACAGACAAUAAAUUAUAACAAACAUUUGAUUUCUUUACCAUGGAUCUUGGCCAGGAAUCAACACCGUUUCUUUCAUCAAUCAAACAGGAAAAAUUGUCACCAAAUCGACGAGUGACGCUUGUUAACUAUUCAAUUGUUCCGACUUCAAAUGUUUCUACAAAUUCAAUAGGAAUAUCAUCACCAUCAACAUCAAACAAUCAAAAAGCUGUUGCGUCUAAAGCCCAACCUGAAAUUAGUCCCUCUUCACCGUCACCCGUUGCUGUGUCUAGUAAAAAGCCAACUGGUUCCCAAUCAUCUUCGCCAGUUUUCAAUGUUGUUUCACAGUCACAGUGUGUCCGGUGUUCUCAAUUAUCUGAUUUAAAUAGGAAUCUCCUCCAAAAGUUAAGCGAAUCAAAAUGUAAACAUGACGAGGAGAUGAAAGAAUCAAGAAAGAAAAUGGAGAAAGAAUAUGAACUAAAGCUAUUGGAACACCGAACUAAUCUGGAAACUGUUAAAAAAGAAGCAGAAAAGAAAUUGGACUCACUUAAUUUGGAAUUAAGAUUACAACUUGUAAAAUCCAAGGAAGAGAAUAUCUCAUUGCAACAAGAGAAUUUAAAAAUCAUUAAAAACUCAGUACAAGCCGAGAAGUACAAUGAGCUAAAGGAAUUAUACGACAAAAAGAUGGAAACAUGUUCACCAAUCACCGAUUUGGAAACCCUGAAGAUCGUUCACAACAAGGAGAUGAAAGAAUUGGAAGAAAAAUUAAAAAAAGAAUAUGAAAAAAAGCUAAUGGACAAGCGAUUUGAUUUGGAGACAAAGGCAAAAUCUAAAUUGGACCAACUAAGAAAAGAACUGACGAAAUUUUUGGAUAUUUCCAUAGACACCAAAGCACAACCAGGAAAGGAAAUUGACAAAGAUGAAGAGGUGAUGAUUAUCAAUGAAAGUUUAGCAUCGCAAACAAACAAAAAGAAGAAGAAAAACAGUUCUAUUGGUCCUGAUUGUGGACCCACUCAAAAGAAGCAAAAAUUAUCAUCUUCAUCUAAUCAAUCUCACGCUUCUACCGCUGUGCCAAGAGGAAGUUUACCAUUAAUUGAAAGAGAAUUGGUUGAAUCAAAUGAUAAACUUGGUUACACCGAAAUACCUGAUAACCAUUCUGCUGUUAGAAUCUGUUCAAUAUGUCGAUGGGUGGAAAGAAUCUGUCAUUCCAACUACCCAAAGCACUUCCUUGAUAGCCAUAGGUCAGUUUUUUCAGAAGGAGAGGCAAUAUUGAGAUCUCUAUUCAAAGAGCUUAUUCUAGACGAUAAAAUUUACCAUAAGUUGAGAGAUAAAAACAAAAGAGAUCAAAUUUCUGAUGAACAAAUCCAAUUGAGCUGCUACAAAAUAUCGAAAAACUCUCUGAUCGUUAAAAUCUGUUCCGUUUGCCAAUUUAUAGAACCUGCUGGAAGAUACACUAAUAUUUCGCAUUUCAAGAAUCAUAAAGAAGCUGUGCAGAUAGAAGGAGAUGCAAAUUCACUUUACAAAACAGUAGUGAUGAAAAAGAGUAAGUUUGAACAAUUAAAAUCCGAAGGAAAAUGGAAAAGUUAAUUUCAAGGAUAAACUAUACUGUAACUCGUGUCCAGUUCGCAAAAUGUAUUCAUUUAAAAACGGUGAUAUUUUCCGGAAAUAUUCGAGCCUUGUGUUUACCGUCGAGAUACUCGAACUUGUCCAAAUGCGCUUUUUUGGUCCGACAU